CUGUCUGGGUAAGAUACGUAGUUUCUAAUUUAACAAAGCACAAAGGGUUGACACUAGUAGACAGUGGACACAUUUAUUAGUAUUUCAUUGAAUAUUUUGUCGUUAUUUGGGUUCGAGUGAGACUGACAUUCUAACUAAAACGGAACAUUUGCAGAUCCCCCAUUGCAGAGGCCGUCUUCAGGAAGAUGGCAACCGAUGCAGGUGUUGUCGACAAGUGGCUCAUAGACAGUGGCGCCACAUCCGACUGGAAUAUAGGAUGCUCGCCAGAUGGCCGUGGGCUGGCCUGCCUAAAAGGGCAUGGCAUUGAGACCGGUCAUAGGGCUCGACAGGUGACCAAGGAUGAUUUCAUGAGCUUCGAAUUCAUUCUCUGCAUGGACGAAAGCAACCUGAAUGACUUGAAACGGAAAGCAAAUUCGGUGAAAAAUCACAAAGCUAAAAUUGAACUCCUUGGUUCAUAUGACCCGCAGAAGCAGCUGAUCAUCAAAGAUCCAUAUUACAUAAGCUGCAUCAUACAUCAGAAGGCUAUUUUCGUAAGACCAAGACCUUCAGGAGGGCACGUUGCAACUCUGACAUUCUUCAGACUCAGGGAGUGGAAAGUGAGAUGUAUGAGGGCGCGAGCAGUGCCAAGCAAAGCUCAGCAAACGGCGUCUAACAAACAAACAAAAGGAUCCUAGAGACCCUUAAUUAAGUUCUCAUUUGCGAAUAAGCCUCCUUUUUAUUGAAUAAAUACAUUGCAAUAGUCGGGAGCCUGACUGCAUUGCCAUAAAUGACACAUAUGUAAAGGCUACCCUCUAGCGGUCGGAAAAGUCAUUACAUAGGAAGUGUUCCCCUAGCAUACAGUACAUGUACAGUAAGGCUAGAAUAGCCGUCGGGCUUAGCAUUGCUACACGUGUUGCUUAACAAGAGAUCAAAGUGGCCCUUGCAUCAUCAUUUACGAUGUAGACACCCCUGAUUCAGAUGGACUGGACUCUACCAUUGGCCUUCUAGUGUGGGGGAGCGGUUCCACUGUGACUCAAAUGGCGAAAAGACAACACUAAUAUAAUGCCCCAUAAUUCAUUUUCAAAUAAUUAGAAAUUUCAUAUUUCAUAUAUUAUAAUAUGACCUCAAGUGGUUAGCGCGCAGGCCACACAGCUAGGAGACCUAAGUGUGAUUCCACCCUCCGCCAUCUCUGUGUGGAGUUUGCAUGUUCUCCCCGUGCAUGCGUGGGUUUUCUCCGGGUACUCCGGUUUCCUCCCACAUUCCAAAAACAUGCUAGGUUAAUUGACGACUCCAAAUUGUCCAUAGGUAUGAAUGUGAGUGUGAAUGGUUGUUUGUCUAUAUGUGCCCUGUGAUUGGCUGGCCACCAGUCCAGGGUGUACAACGCCUCUCGCCUGAAGACAGCUGGGAUAGGCUCCAGCACCCCCGUGACCCUUGUGAGGAUAAGCGGUAGAAAAUGAAUGAAGUUAUGACAACAAUGUUAUAAUUAUUACAUUUAUCUCACAAGUUAAACGUUAUAUGUUAUUAUGACUUUCAUCCCAUAAUUAUGACUUAUUAGCUCACGAUUUGACGUCUUAUUUCCUAAAUAUGAAUUUAUCUCACAGUUUAUCUCACUUUUUAUCUUGUAUUUUUUAUUUAACUAUCUCCUAAUUAAGACUUUUUUCUUGAUUUCAUCAUUUUGAUUUGUUUAUGCCAUAAUUAUGACUCACCUAUCUCAUAAUAAUGACUUUUUAUCUCUUGAUUUUGACAUUUAAUCUCAUUUCAACUUUUAUCUCAUCAUUUGGACUUCUUAUGUCAUAGUUUUGACUUCCAUAUUUCUUUUAUGACUAUAUCUCUUAAUUGUGAAUUUUUUUUCUCAUAUUUAUUUCUUAACUAACUCAUAGUAAUGACUUUUUAUCUCAUAAUUUUUACUUUAAAUCUCAUAAUGUUGACAUUUUAUCUCAUCAUUUCAACUUUUAUCUCAUCAUUUGGACUUUUUAUGCCAUAAUUUUGACUUCCAUAUUU